UUAUAUGUAAUGUUGUUAAAUUGGUUACAUAUAUUUAUAUCAUUGACAACAUUCUAUUGUAUUAAAUAAUCCUUUAAUCAACUUGAUAUGAAAAUUGAAAAUUGAUUGAAAGCAUGCUGAAGUUGUUUGAAUUCAGAAAUUGAAAGAGUACAAAAUUGGUUGAAAGAUUAAAUUAAGUAACAGGUAUGGUUGAGGGAUUAUUUAUAGUUCUAAUUAUAAUUAUUUCUUUUGAAUAGAGUUGUUAUCAGAUUCAAAAAUUGAAGAAGAUAAUUUUUCUUCACAUUUUAUUGAUGAACACCAAGCAAAGUUCACAUUGUCAAAGAGUUUUAAGUUUUAAUAGAUGCAAAAUGUUAUUCUCAAGGAGCUUGCAGAAAUAAAAGUUCUUUUAAAAGAAGUUAUAGAAAUUAAGUUUCAGGCUACUGGGGUGAAGUUGCUAGAAUUGGUGGACGAAGUGGUUACACUGGAUAAUAAACUAAAAGAUAAAACCGAGUAUACUAAUUUGCUUGAUAGUUUAAAAAAGAUUGGUGGUGGAAAGCCAAGAGAACAUGUUUUUUUGAUCAUGAAAAGGUUAUUUUCGAAUCAGUUACAGUCCAAAUUAAAUCAAAAAGGAAAUGGGGAAAAGAUAAGCUUAGAAAAUCUUGUAAAUAUAUGGAGUGUUUUACGAGAUAUCGGCGACGUGAAAGAAAAUGUUGACGGCAAUGCAGAAAUAUAGUUUCUUAUGUAUAUUUUUGUGAAAUAAAAAUUAAGUAAUGUUAGUUAAAA